UCGCUCCAGGAGUUUGUGUUUCGCCAGAGAAUCAGACUGAUCUACAGAGACUUGGCCCGAAUCGUGUAUCGAUCCCAUGAGAAGGACGAGUUGAUGAGAUUUGUACGGGACGAGUUCCGAAUGAACUCGUUGGAGACAGACAUCAACCACCGUCGAUACUUGUUAAACUUGGGAAUCUCGCGUAUCAACGAUAUGAUCAGGGUCAUGGGCAUC